AUGGAGACAGAGAUGAGCAAAAGCAAGUGGAGCAUCGCCAACGAGCUCCGCCUUGAAGAGAGACCCUGUGAUGUGAUCUCGUCCUCCAGGAAGGCUGAGUCAGAGGAAUUGGCUGACGAGUCCGACAUCGAGAGCCAUCAGGGCUGUCCAAAUGUGGGGAUGUCCAGGCUACUGCUGGAAGGGCUCGCCAGGCUGUCGCAGAGAGCUGAGAUGGGCAGCGAAGCCCAACCUGCAGCACUCAUCGCUCGCCGUCCUCCUCUCCUGCGCUCCGUUGCCCAGGACCCUCCCCCGCUCGGGCCCACGAUCAUUUCUGUGCCCAAGUUCCGCGCCCGCGCUCCCCUCAGUGCCAGAAUGUUCCUGACUCUUUUCCCGGGCUCGCGGCGCUCCCUCGUGCCCAAGCGCCGCCACUCCAGCGCCGACCGCGGCUGUUCCCAAAGCGCCGGCCAUAGCUCCCCCUGUGAUCCCAGCGCGCUCCCGGCGGGCAGUUUGGAGCCAGGCAGCCAUUCCUGCGGGCUCUUAGAGCGGGAAGGGAUCGCCGCUGGGUCACAGCCUACAGAUGUGCCUGGGGAAGAGGCUGCCCUGGUAACACCACCGUGCACGGGCAGUGGGGGCCGCCCUGAGGGGAACCCCGCCAUGGCACCGCCGGGGCCGCCCCACACAGCCGGGCUGUGGCUGCCCACACCUGAGGGGAACCCCACCAUGGCACCGCCGGGGCCGCCCCGCACAGCCGGGCUGCGGCUGCCCACACCUGAGGGGAACCCCGCCAUGGCACCGCCGGGGCCGCCCCGCACAGCCGGGCUGCGGCUGCCCACACCUGAGGGGAACCCCACCAUGGCACCGCCGGGGCCGCCCCGCACAGCCGGGCUGCGGCUGUCCACACCUGAGGGGAACCCCGCCAUGGCACCGCCGGGGCCGCCCCGCACUGCCGCAGCGAGCGGGGAGGGCGAAACAGAAAGGAAAGAUUCCAAUAAAGAAGCCGCCGGCAGGGCCCGGCACUGA